AUGCUUGUAGAUCCUCGUCCUACGUUAGAUGUGUCUCCCACCUGGCCAACUAAAGGAGAUACUGUGACUCUGAAGUGUGCGGUGUCAGGAUCCUCAUCUGGCUGGAGAUUCCACUUUUACAGAGUCAUUGUUCCAAUUGAAGAAGUUCUCCCCUCAGAAGAUACCGACGUCUUUUCACAUGAGCUGAAAUUAUCAGAAAACUCUACUGAGCUCCUCUCAGACAGCAGCAGAGAGGCUGGAGGAUCCUACACCUUCAGCACUGUGGGUCCUGAACACACAGGGUUCUAUGUGUGCCGAGCACAGAGACUAAAUUCAAACUCUUACACUCGUUACAGCAACCUUAGGCAUCUGUGGGUAAAAGAUCCUUCUCCUCCAGCUUCUCUGAGCAUCUAUCCAAACACGUCACCAUUCUUUGAAGACUGGGAGUCUGUCUCACCGACCUGUGAGGUGCAGGGCAACUCCAGUGGUUGGACUUUGAGACGGUUCAGCGGGUUCGCUAACCGCAACAAAGCGUCACACUGUGCUUUCAAGCAUGAUGCAGUUACUUGGGAUGAGAGGCCAUGCAAUCUAAUAUUAACGUUUGAAGAUAGUGGACAUUACUGGUGUCAGUCUGAGUCUGGGCAAUACAGCAAUGCUGUCAACAUAUCCGUACAUGGUCAACCAACUCCACAUCUUCGAGUCGCCCCCAACAACUGGGGAACUGAAGGAUCUUCCUUGACAUUGACCUGUGAGCUCAGAAGCUCCACUACAGGCUGGAGUUUUCUCUGGUAUAAAGUUAGUCCACCAAAGAAAGGCUUUCCUGUUGAAUUUAACAGCGUCACAAGGUUUGCCUACUCCGUGGAGCUGGUUGCAGACACAAGCGUGGGAGCUGGGGGCUCGUACCCCCUGAAGCCGGCUUCUCCUGAGCACUCCGGUGUUUACGUCUGCAGAGGGCAGAGAGGAGACCCAGCCUACUACUCUCAGUACAGUCCACCUCAGCUCGUCUGGGUCACAGGCGAGUUCAGACCCAUCUCUACCCGUCCUUCGCCGUCUAGCUGGCUAAGAAUCAGUCCCAACAGAACUGAGUUCGUUCCAUCUCAGUCUCUGUCCCUGAGCUGCAAGGUGCUUGGGAACGCAGCUGAGUGGACAUUGAGGCGCUAUACGUCAGCAGAGCUUUCAGACUGUCCUUUUAACUCAAGAUCGGGCACUUGGGCCGAGUCCACAUGCAACAUCAGCUCUUUAGACACAUUUGACAGCGGUGUGUACUGGUGCCAAUCUACAUCUGGAGAGCGCAGUAAUGCUGUCAACAUAACAGUACAUGAGAAAGGAGACUUUAAAAGUCGACUGGAAGUCAGUCCAAAUCACUGGGUGACUGAAGGAUCUUCAGUGACUUUCAGCUGUUCAGUAAGAGUCCCCUUUCCAGGCGUGAGGUUUCACUGGUACAGAGCUGUUCCAGUCAGUGAAGGCUUACCUCUGGUCAGGAGCCCAUUUGGAGAGACUAAAUACUCUGUGGAGCUCUUGUCAGACAGCAGCAGAGGAGCUGGAGGCUCCUACAUUCUAAACUCCUCUGCUCCAGAACACUCAGGCCUCUACGUCUGCAGAGCAGAGAUAGAAGAGCUAGCCACUUACACUGAGUACAGUCGUCCUGAGCUCCUUACAGUAACAGGUCCCUCUCCCUCUGUCUGGCUUGAUGUCAUUCCCAGCAGAUCCCAGCAUUUUGUAUCUGAGCCUCUCACUCUGGCCUGCAAAGCACCGGAUGCUGCAGCGGUCUGGUCAGUGAGACGGUUCACUUUAUCAAAGGAGCUGUCAGACUGCCCCUUUGAUAAGAAAUCACAGAUGCUGGGUCCAUCCACAUGUAACAUCAGCUCUUUAACUCUGUCAGCCAGUGGGGUGUACUGGUGCCAGUCUGAAUCUGGGGAACGCAGUAAUGCUGUCAACAUAACCGUGCACAGUGGCAGUGUGAUACUGGAAAGUCCAGUGCAUCCCGUGAAAGAAGGAGAGCAAUUAACACUCCGCUGUUUAGGCCGAAAAAGUGUCAAAUCAAACCUCAGUGCCACAUUCUAUAAGGAUGGAUUACAUGUGGCGAACCAAACCUCUGGAACAAUCACCGUACCGAACAUCUCUAAGAAAGACGAGGGGUCCUAUGUUUGUGAGAUUGAAGAAGAAAGGAAAAGAAGGUCAUCCGGAAGCUGGGUCUCAGUCAGAGUUGCACCUGGAAACAGCCAAGGACCACAUGAGACUGAACCCAGAGUAGGCUACCAUAAAUACAAAGAAAUACUUUAAAAUUGGUUAUUGAUUAUCGGC